AUGCAGAUGGAUGCCAUGCGUGUACAAGGAGCAGGCUCAUCUGAGCGAGUACGCUUGUUCGUCGAAGGACGCUGCUUCAAGUGCUGGCAAGUAGGACACCUAGCUAGGAACUGUCCUAGCAACAAGAGGACUCCCAAUCGCGGCCCAGUGCCGAUUCCAGUGAUUUAUUUGGACCAGGAAGGUCGAGAGGUGUCUCCUCCUAAGACACAACGUCAGGAAAAGACGGAGAGGAAACCAAGAAACGACGAGACCACUAGUCGUAGUCCCGUAGACCCUGAAUACAAUUUGUUUGACAAUUAUUCACCGCUGCAAGCAAACAUGGUAGGAAGGUUGACACUAGCGCCGCUGGUUUGCUCACAAUUGACCGGACUUCUUCCGGCGGUGGAGGCACCACCUCUGGUGCAUUGCAAAUUAAUGGGACAAGACUGUCGAGCAUUGCUUGAUACAGGUUGUGCCACCUACAUCGUAUCAGAGGACUUUGCACUGCGUCACGGACUUCCAAUUCUACAAACGGCUUCCCGCCCCGUUCAACUGGCGGUAGAAACAAAGGAACUCGUGGUGCUGGACCGUUGUACCGCGCCAAUAACGGUGCAAAUCGGUAACACGGUAACCAAACAAAGCUUCUUCGUUGCGAAACAGGCAGCAGAGCACGAUGCAAUUUUGGGAAUACCUUUUUGGAACAAUUUUGGAGUUCAGCUGAACGGGAAUCGAGUACGUAUCAAUGGGGAUCAAGUGUCCCGAGCUAGGCACCUGGAAAAACGCCCCUGGAUUGCGGUGGAAUGCGUGUCCAGAAAGACAAUGAAGAAGCAACUGGACAGAUCGGACGAAAUCCGUUUUUUGUUACAACUGAGAGCUAUGCUAGUGCUCACUGAAAGGUGGAAGAAGCAAGACCACAUCCACAACUACCGCAGCUGACGGAAUUGCUGGACGAAUUCAACGAC